AACGCUGGUGGCAAGGGCAGUGGCUCAGCUGUUAGCACGGGAGGAAUUGUUGGUAUUGCCGUGGGCAUCGCUACAGUCGCAGCUGCUCUCAUUGGUCUCGCCUGGCUUCUCCGAAGGAGGAUUCGGGUACGACGCGAGUUUCACCAGGACUUUAAAUCUCCACGUCCUUUCCUUGAUAAUGAACUGGAUGAAUUCCAUGAUGAAACUCCGGCUCCAUAUGCAUACGGAGCCAUUGGGUCGCAGGCUAAUCUACCGACACGAAGUGGCUCUGCGUUCCGCGAGGAGUUCGGGAAUGAGACUGGUGCUCCUUCCGAAGUGAUUUUUGACACUCGUCACCACCAUCAAGCUUCAUCCUCAUCCAAUACAUCUGCUGAGGCUCAAGCUCUUCUCCAAAACAUGGAGGGUGGCCAAGCGAGGUUCACAGAUGAUGUUAUGGAAGAAUUCGAUCGUCGGCAAGGAAGAGCAUCCAACGCCCAUUCUCUUGCCACCUCUGUGUCCGUGUACCCACCAAGUUCAGCGUCACACUCGCCGUUGAUUUCGAAUCCUCCUCGAACUUCGGGACCAAGCGAAACGUCACCCCAUCAGCCCCUAGUUUCUCCUCCGGGCGCCACACAGUUGCUCAUUCAAACCAACGAUAACGAUAGGUCUCAGUCACCCCCACCAACGCAUCUUACUGGGGGGUCAACAACGCUUUCCGCUACGAAUCCAGAUCCUCAAUGAACAAUCACCAAACACCA